AUGGAGGCUUUGGAAAUCUUAUCAUCUCUAUCGAUGCUGUCAUGUAGUAUUUUCGGUGCACUCUGUGCUAUUACGUUUAUCAUUAUUGUGAUAUAUCAUCCUCAAUUUCGAACGACGACUAUUCUACUUGCAUUCAAUUCAGCGAUUGCUGGUUUGAUAAUCAAUGUUACAAGCGGUAGUCAAGCUCUGUAUCAAUUGAAUUCCGAUGGGAACGAUGCACUGUGUGCAUUUCGCGGCUUUCUUCUACAUGCUGCAACAGGCCUUUUGUAUCAAACAUUGUGUGUGCAAACAAUCUAUCGACUGUUUGUCGUUGUCUAUGCAACACGACGGUAUCUUCAAUCGAAGCGAAUCAUAAUAUCUAUUACAAUAAUUCAAUGGCUCAUCUCAAUUACUUUUGCUAUUCCUGCAUUAACCUUUGAUCGAAUUGUUUAUCAACCGGGUAGUCGUAUCUGUCAGGCAUCUCUGAAUGAUCUUGUUAUCUUUUUAUACUUGUCUAUGUUCAUCUUUUUCUGCCCACUUGCCAUUAUUGUACCGAUUUACAUUCGAAUUGUGCAGUUUACGAAACAACAUUCGUUUGUAACAAUUGCUAAUCAACGACGCAAACAACGGGAAAUCCGUCUGAUUCGUCGUCUUCUCAUUAUUGUGGCUAUGAUUUUCUUCAUGAGUUUUCCGUACUUAAUCUUCUUUCUUCGUGCUCAAUUUUUUGCGAAUGCACCAACACUACCAUAUGCACAGCGAGUCAGUUUUGUUUCCAUUUCAUUUGGUUACAGUGCAUGGAUGUUACUCAACAUCCUAUUCACGGAUAAAGUGCGUAAAUAUCUGAUCACCAAAUUACAAAUCUCAUUAACUUGUGCGAGACACAUACGAAUAGAACCUCAAACGAACACCCAUUGA